GCGAGAGGGAGGGAAACUCCGGAGUGGAGACAAAGCAGCGGGAGCGGGAACAUCCGGGUCACUCGCGCGGCCUCGAUCCGGGACACGCGCGGCGGCGGCGGCUCUCGAGGGACUCUGAAUAUGUCUGGCAUAGCUCUUAGCAGACUUGCACAGGAGAGAAAAGCCUGGAGAAAAGAUCAUCCAUUUGGAUUUGUAGCAGUACCUACAAAAAAUCCAGAUGGCACGAUGAAUCUAAUGAACUGGGAGUGUGCUAUUCCAGGAAAGAAAGGGACACCAUGGGAAGGAGGCUUAUUUAAACUACGGAUGCUUUUCAAGGAUGACUACCCUUCUUCACCCCCAAAAUGUAAAUUUGAACCACCGUUAUUCCACCCAAACGUGUAUCCUUCAGGCACCGUGUGUCUCUCCAUCUUAGAGGAGGAUAAGGACUGGCGGCCAGCAAUCACAAUUAAACAGAUCUUGUUAGGCAUACAAGAACUUCUAAAUGAACCAAAUAUUCAAGACCCAGCUCAAGCAGAGGCUUACACAAUUUACUGCCAAAACAGAGUGGAAUAUGAAAAGAGGGUUCGAGCACAAGCCAAGAAGUUUGCACCAUCAUAAGCAUUUGUCACGCAGCAUCUUAAAAAGGAAGGGAUUGGUUUGGCAAGAACUUGUUUACAAAACUUUUGCAAAAUGUAAUGUUGCUAUGUACAAUUAAUAUCCACAUAAGGGGAGGGGGUUGUAUGUGUGCCAUUUUCCAUAUUCGCCAGUUGUAUACAGUUCUAAAUUUGCUGAAUUGCCCCCAGUUUUUUCAUACAGGGUCUCUUCCUUCAGUCUUUUGUAUUUUUGAUUGUUAUGUAAAACUUGCUUUUAUUUUAAUAUUGAUGUCAGUAUUUCAACUGCUGUAAAAUUAUAAACUUUUAUACUUCUAUAAAUUCACUAGUAUCUCUAGUUACUUUGCUAUCUGAUGCAGGCAUGCUUUAAAAUGUUAGAACUAUAUUUAGCCUCUAGCUGGCUGUAUGAAAAAAAAUCAUGCCCUCCACCCCCUUCCCUCCCUGAAUUUGUUUUUUCUAUCUUUCAGAAACUAGGUUGUUAUUGCUUAAAGCCUCUGAGAUCCAAAGUUAGCCAGCAUCCUUAUUCUGCAUCACUUUCUUUGUGUUUAUAUGGCAUUCUGUCUGUGUUGCUGUUUAGAGUAAAUAAACUGUUUAUAUAAAGGG